CAUAUCUCUGAGAGUCAGUCACUCUCCAUUGGGCAAGCAACAGCAGGGGAAGAGCAGCUUUCCUCCUAGCUACAGAACAGUUUCUCAGAAGUGGGAAAUGGUUAAGAUCCUCAUCCUGGGAACUCCGAACACAGGAAAGACAGCCUUGUGCGUUCGUUUCAUGACCAAGCGGUUCAUUGGUGAAUACGACCACAAGAAGGAGGUGACCUACAGAUGCUGUCGUCUGGUCGACCAGGAAGCUGUUGACCUUGAAAUCUUGGAUACAGCUUCUAAGGAGAACUGUGCGCCUUCUCUGGAGGCUUCCAUCCGCUGGGCUGAUGGCUUCUUGUUGCUCUAUUCCAUCACGCACCGGAAAAGUUUCUUGGCGGUCUCACGGCUCAAAAGACUCAUUGACCAAACCAAAAGGAGUCUGGCUGUCCCAGCAGUGCUGGUUGCCAAUAAAGCAGACUUGGAAAUUGGCAGGGAGGUGACAACAGAAGAAGGAGAGAGACUGGCCCUUGAUUUAAGGUGUGGUUUCAGGGAGCUGUCAGUGGCUGACACCGCGUUAGCUGUGGAAGCGGCAGUGUUUCAGCUCAUCAGGCAAGUCCUGGAUCGUCAGCGGUUUCUGCCUGACCGUCGUUCCUACAUGCUGACUGUGCGCCAUGCUCUCACCAAGAAACUGACCCGAUCAAAAACAAUGCAGUGGUGACUUUGACACACUCAUCAGAUUAUCGAGAGGCACUUGAGUCUGUAUUAAAUCGACAUGUAAAUUACAGAUUUGGUUUCUUCUCAAUACAAAAAAAUUCAUUGGAGUUGCAACGUGAUUGGCAAGGACUGCCUCGAUCUGAGUGGGAUUCAGAGUAAAGCUUCAAUGGACAGUACAGUUUCUCUUCUAUUCUAGAAGGCCGGGUUGAGUCAAAACCAACAAUUUGAGAAAAGAAAAUGAUUUUGUAAGUGUAUCUGAAUUUGUAUUUCCUAGCGCUGGAGUCAGGCCAAAGCCUUGCAGCUUCAAAAGCAACACUUUUGCGGUGACCCCAAAAAUACUAGCAACCAUUGCAUUGGCAAACAGUGAAAAGCAUUAUAAACACCUUAGAUUAGUCAAUCAUUUAUAAUAAUUGUUUUUAUUUAUAAUAAAUAACAGGCGGCUCGGUGGAGCACUGGGUAGCACGUCCGCCUCACAGUUAGGAGGGUGCGGGUUCGAUUCCACCUCCGGCCCUCCCUGUGCGGAGUUUGUUUGUCUCUGUGUGCCCUGCGAUUGGCUGGCAACCGGUUCGGGGUGUCCUCCGCCUACUGCCCGAUGACGGCUGGGAUAGGCUCCAGCACGCCCGCGACCCCCGUGGGGACUAAGCGGUUCGGAAGAUGGAUGGAUGGAUGGAUGGAUGGAUGGAUGGAUGGAUCUUGACAGCCGAUAAUUACUAAUGCACGCAUAUCAUGACGGAAACGCCCUGGCACGGGAAGAGAAUAUGCAGCAGGGCGUGUGUCCGUGCAGGUGGUGCCAGCAAAUGAGCUCGGUGACAUCGGCCUCUACCAGGCUGACGGACGGGCAGAGCGGGAAUCCAGCAGCCCCACCUAACCCUAACUGCUUUGGGUGUGACAGAAGAUUGUCAUAUAAACUGGGGCGUUAUUUGAUGGCAUAAUUGCUAUUCAUUCCAAACUGGUGUUGGCGGCUUAUAUAAGGGCGAGUCGCCGUCGUUGCUAUCAAGCGUCACUGCUGCAAGCAAAAAAGUUGAAA